AUGGGAAAGACAAACAAGGAUAAGAGAGAUUUGUAUUAUAGACGAGCGAAGGAAGAAGGUUGGCGAGCUCGUUCGGCUUAUAAGUUGCUUCAGAUUGACCAACAAUUCGAUAUACUAAGUGGUGUCACACGUGCAGUUGAUCUUUGUGCAGCGCCAGGAUCAUGGUCUCAGGUGCUAAGCUCAAAAUUAAAUCUGUCCACUACUUCAUCUGCCAAAAUAGUUGCCGUUGAUUUGCAGCCUAUGACGCCGAUAGAAGGGGUUACUACAAUACAAGCCGAUAUAACCCACCCCAGCACGCUUCAACAAAUUCUUGAUUGUUUCGAAAACGAAUUGGCAGACUUUGUCUGUAGUGAUGGAGCACCAGAUGUUACAGGUCUACACGAUUUGGACGAGUAUGUACAACACCAAUUGGUAUGGUCUGCAUUACAGCUAGCCACUUGUAUACUCAGACCUGGUGGCACUUUAAUUGCCAAGAUUUUUAGAGGUAAGGACAUUGAUAUAAUAUAUGCGCAAUUUGCAAAGUUUUUUGAAAGAGUAGUUUGUGCAAAACCCCGAAGCUCAAGAGGGACAAGUUUAGAAGCGUUUCUAGUUUGUUUAAAUUAUAAGCCUAUUCUUCAUUGGACACCAAAGCUAAUCAAUAAUCAGUCAACAAGUGAAUUUUUUGCCGGGGCAAACUUAAUGGGUGCUGCUACAAAGACUGCUACAACAGUUGGGGCUAAUCAUGAAGAAAGAGCAAUUGUUGAAUUUAUCGCUUGUGGCGAUGUCAACGAUAUUGACUCAGACGCAUCUUAUGCCAUUGAUGGCGAUUUCAAGAGGCUAGAUCCGGUGCAGAAACCAACUGCUCCGCCGUACAAGACGGCGCUAGAAAUGAAGCGUAGAGGCGAGUUGGCAAGGCGAUGA